AUGGGGCGCGUGCGCGUCCGCGUGUCGGGGGACACGCGCAAAGCGCAAAAGGUGGACGUGUCGGCGGAAACAACCCUCCAGGAACUGAAGGAGAAGGUGGUGUGCGUGCUGAAUAUUGGCCACCGGAUCGACGCACAGAGCUGCCGCCUGUCCUUGAACAAGAGGGAUGACCUUGUGGACUCGCCAGAUUCGCUGUUGAAGGACUGCGGCGUGUUGAACGGGGAUCUGAUAUGGGUGAUGGGCCUGGAGGGAGUGAGCGAGGCGGGGCACACAACAGGCUCCGUGGCAGGCUCCUUGUUGGAGGCCUCCCACCCUCCACCCGAGCAUUCGACAUCAGCGCUUUCAGAGGAAGGUCCCGCACGUGACGGACGGAUUGGGGCCCCCGGUGCACUGGGAGGGGAUACCCCCACUGGAGACACAAGUGCAGCCAUGGAUGUGGACGCCGUGGGUGUUGGCCAGAUUGUGCCUGGCAUCGCUGUGGAGGGGCCACAAGCACCAAGGGUUCUGGCAUCUGUGCUCAGAUGCUGGACAGAUGCUUUCUCACCUGUCAAACUGCUGCUGGCAGUCAUCCAUUCUGCCAUGGUCGAGGCUGGCUUCGAACCUAUGGGUGAAGGCAGCGAGACAACGCAUGGCGGUGGCCUGUUCGACGCCUCUGUGCCAGGUCUGUACUCAUUGCAUUACAGGCUGUCAACUUCAUCCCUUCUUCCCUAUGCGGAUGAAAAUCAGUCAGCUGAGUGCAGCCAGAGCAGUCCUGGUCCCCAGGGCUCAGCGCUUGUCCGUUGCAUGGAGAUAGGCAGUUAUUUGAUGGUCUAUGGGUACUGCAAAGAAGAGAGCAAUACAUACAGAAGUUUGCCGCUGGACGUUGCCCAUCUUGUGGAGAGCAAGGAAGGCAAGCUUGUUCUACAUGACCUUGAAGGACUGUGGCGGACGUUCAAAGACACUGUGGCGAUACCCCUGGUGUCCAUGGUGGCCCAUUUUUGUGGCCGGCUCCCAAGGUUGGCACUCCUAUCACUUCCUGAGGAAACUAAGGAGCUGAUUUUGAAGAUGUUGACCAUGAAAGAUGUCGUAUCCAUAUGCAAGGUCUCAAGAGAGUUUUGUCGACUGGGCUCAACUAACCGGCUGUGGCGGGCACUGUUUCAGCAGGAGUUUGGUCCAGCAGGGGAUGAGGAGGAUCGGCAGGGAAGGGCCCUGGGUUGGAAAGUCUUGUUUGGACUCAAGUGGCAGUUGCGAGCGAGGCACCGUAGGCUGGCUGCUGAGUCACGUGACCCUUGGCGCCAUUGGGGCCAUGGGGAGCACCCAAGGAGGCAACCAGCACCAAGGUUUUACCCGGAACCUGGCCUCCCUGCAUGGCCGGGAAUGCCAGCCGGGGGGGAUGUGGAUAGGCUACCGUUUCUUGGAGGUGCAAGGCCAUUCUUGGGCCUGGGAAGGGGCAGGGGUUACCCACGGGGCUUCAACUUCGACAUCAUGUAG